AUGGAGUUCGAAGCCUCUCUCAGUUCCUUCCCUGUCGAGAGAGGAGCGAAUCGAGAGAACAACGGGUCUCCUCGUCCUUCGUCCUCUCGUGACUCUCCUGUGAAAGAGCGAGGCAUGCAGCGGCCGUCAUACCUGCGUUUCGUCCGCUCUUGCCUGCCAAAGGAACGCGCCAUACGGCCACCAGCGCUUUCCCCUUCGUCGUUUUCUCGCUCUUCUUCCUCUUCUUCCUCCUCCUCCCGCCAUUCUUCGUCUUCUUCUUCGUCGUUCGAUUCUUCUUCUGCCUCUGCUGCGCAUCCCGCUGGUUUUCCGCGGGUGCGCAGAGACUCUGCGCCGCUCUCGCAGCCUGUCUGGACUCAUGAUGGGGGCCUCAGGGGAGGAACAGGACGCCUGCGUCUGCGCGCUUCCGGACGAGGAAACUCUUCAGCCAGCAUUGAAGAAGGAGAGGAGGACAGACGAUCCCGAUUCAAGGACGAAGAGAGGCGAAAGGCUCCUCGCAGACGACGCUGUCUCUCUGGCAGUGCGAAGGGAGAGCGAGGAGACGAUCUGAUAGGAGACGCAAGUUCCGACAGCGACGUUGGAGGAGCGAGCAGACAGCAAGCCGACCUUAGGGAGGGCAGGCGAUUUAGACGGCGAGAGAAUCCGAGCGAGGAGCGCAGGCUUGGUCGACAUGAAAGCCGAGGCGGAAGACCUGACUCUCAUGAAAGCCGCCGAGGACGAGCAAGGAGGUCGCGGAGUACGUCUCAGUCCGCCGGCAGAGUGUAUUCAGUCGACAGCGACAGCAGCGAAGAAGAGAAGCAGACGGAUCCGUGGAGGCGGAGUCGCGGUCGCCGAGCAACGGAGAAGAAGGCGCGACCGGCCAGCGGAGACAAAGCGACUGUUCUCUCCCCUUCUUCGACUGGAAGGCCGCGCAGCCACUCGCCGCACAAGAGGUCGCGAGGACGCAUGCGGAGCGUCGAGAGCUCUCCUGAUUCCCUCAGUCCAGCGCCUCAUUCAGAGGCAGAUGCGAGCUCUGAAUCUGAAGAGACAGGGGCGAGCAGCAAGCGAAGAGAGAGGUCCCCCAGCCUCCCGCCGCCAGCCCCGCGGAACCCACUCUUCGCUGCCUACGAUCGCGAGAGCUAUCAGGAGCUGAAAAGGCGACGGAGAGAAGCCUCUGAUACACGCCGCGGUCGACGCCACCAUGCCGGCAAAGAGGCUCAUCGCGAUCAGUGGCGCCAUGACCGGUUCCAUGAAAGAAGUCCGUCGCCGCAGCGCGUUCGACCCCCGACCGUCUGGAACACACGCAAAGGCCAGUGGCGUUCCCUCGCAGGGGGUGUCUACGUUCCACCUUCGAUGAAAGAAGUGGAAGAACUCAAAGAAGAACUCUCGCGGUACAGACCCUCACCCAGGGGCUAUGACCGCAGUCCUUCCAAACCCGAACGGCGAAGACGCACAAGUGACGACUCCAGCUUGUCUCCUGUUCGUCGCGGAAGCCCUGUUUACGAGUAA